AUGGUGGGGCUGAAGCCUGACCUACAGGACCUGCCAGACAAGCUCCUGGGUCAGAUCAUCCACAACCUACAGAAUCUACCCAACGAGACGGUUGACUUCAGCCAGCCUCACCUCCGUCAGUCGCUGCUGGGGAUAUACCCGCUGUUCCUGGCGCUGUAUGGCUCCCUGGCGGUGGCUGGCACGGCUAUGAACGUCGCUAUGGUGAGCUACAUCGUUCGUCGACGUCUGUACAGGGACCCCACCAGCGCCUACCUCAUGAACCUGGGUGUGUGUAACGUGAUGAUGAGCGUGGUGCUGCUGCCGCUCUCACUGACGGUGUUACUCCUACAGAACUGGACCUUCGGGAGUUUCCUCUGUUAUUUCAUCCCCAUGUUACAGGACGCACCACUCCACGCCACAAUGGGGACGCUAGUGAUGGUGGCGUUAGACAGGUAUCGUCUAGUAUCGUGGCCUCAUAAGCCUCGCCUCCCUCCCUUCCUCGCCGUGCUCACCACUUGGCUCCUCGCCCUAUGUGUUGUUCUACCUUACGCCGUCUACAUGAAGUAUAUUGACCUCCAGUUUAAGGGAGUCGGUAUCUGCGCUAUCAACAUGGACGAUGAUAUAUCCGAGUAUAUCCGUGUCCUCUUUAUUACCCUGUUCGCGGUGCCUCUAGGGGUCAUCACCUUCCUGCACGUGCGUGUGAGUGUGGUGUUGAGAGGUCUUGACCCUGCCGCCUCCGUCAGUCUGCCCACCAGGAGAGAAUCCAGGUCCCAAGACUCCCAGCAGGAGGUCUGGAGCCUCCACGAUAACAGGUUCUUCCCCAGCACCAUGAUGACAGAGAUGGACAGUCGUGACGGAUUCCAUUACCACGACGCUGCCGCUGUCCACCAACUCUCCUCUUCCUUCUACACACCCACGCCCACCACCACCAGCACCACCACGGCUCCCCCCCACACGCCCACGAGGAGCAGCAGCAGUAGGGGAGCGCGAGCUGGGGAGGCGGAGAUGAUUGUGUUGGCGGAGAGGAGGACCCAGCGCUACCUAGUCACCAUAGUCACCACCUUCGCCCUCUGCCUCUCUCCCCUCAUGAUACUCAGGCUGGUGAAGAACAUGGUGUUGGAGACGACGGAGAACUCUGGUCACUUCGACAUCACCUUCAUCACCUUUGUGUGGGUAGCGUUCCUCCCCACCCUCACCACCCCUGUCUUCUACGCCGCCUGGAAGAUGCCCAGACGACUGGACAAGGACCGGGCGGAGUAA